AUGUUUUGAAGGUUUCCAUGAUUUCUUUUUCCUCUCACGAGAUUUGGGAACUGUGUUCACUUCCUGUCACCAGCCGUUCGCAGCCAUGAUGCAGGAAGGGCUGGACGACGGACCCGACUUCCUCUCCGAGGAGGACCGGGGACCGCGAGUGGUAAAUGUGGAUCUGGAGAUGGAUGCUACACUACAGGUGGACAUUUCUGAUGCUCUGAGUGAGAGGGACAAGGUGAAGUUUACUGUCCACACUAAGAGUACGCUCCCCAACUUUAAACAAAAUGAGUUCUCUGUGGUCCGACAACAUGAAGAGUUCAUUUGGCUCCAUGACUCAUUUGUGGAAAAUGAAGAAUAUGCAGGAUACAUCAUCCCCCCAGCCCCUCCCAGACCUGACUUUGAUGCAUCUAGAGAGAAGCUGCAGAAACUGGGGGAAGGAGAAGGAUCUAUGACCAAGGAGGAGUUUACCAAAAUGAAACAGGAGCUCGAGGCAGAGUACCUGGCCAUCUUCAAGAAGACUGUUGCCAUGCAUGAGGUCUUCCUUUGCCGUGUGGCUGCUCAUCCCAUCCUCAGGAAGGACCUGAACUUUCACGUCUUCUUGGAGUACAACCAGGAUUUGAGUGUACGAGGAAAGAACAAGAAGGAGAAAUUAGAGGAUUUCUUUAAGAAUGUUGUGAAGUCGGCUGAUGGUGUUCUAGUGGCUGGAGUCAAGGAUGUGGAUGAUUUCUUUGAGCAUGAAAAGACAUUUCUAUUAGAAUAUCACAACAGAGUCAAAGAUGCUUCGGCCAAAUGUGACAGAAUGAUCCGCUCACACAAAAAUGCUGCUGAUGACAUGAACAGAAUUGCCUCAUCUCUGUACACGUUGGGAACACAGGACUCCACAGAUCUCUGCAAGUUUUUCUUGAAGGUAUCAGAGCUGUUUGAGAAAACCAGAAAAAUUGAAGCUCGAGUUGCAGCGGACAAAGACCUGAAGCUGGCUGAUCUGCUUAAAUAUUACCUGAGAGAGUCACAGGCUGCUAAGGACCUUUUAUAUCGGAGGAGCCGGGGUCUGGUGGACUAUGAGAACGCUAAUAAAGCUCUGGAUAAAGCACGAGCUAAAAACAGAGAUGUUUUGCAGGCAGAGACAAACCAGCAGCUUUGCUGCCACAAGUUUGAGAAGAUUUCUGAGUCUGCCAAGCAAGAGCUCAUAGAUUUCAAGACGAGAAGAGUUGCAGCAUUCAGGAAGAACCUGGUGGAGCUGGCAGAGCUGGAGCUCAAACAUGCCAAGGGAAACCUCCAGUUACUGCAGAGCUGUGUGGGCAUCCUGAAAGGUAACACUUAACCGUCCGAUCCUGCCUGCAGUCCUUACGCCCGCUGUAAGGACGGAGGCUGUUAAAAUGGACAAACACCACAGAAUAAAGGACCAGAGAGACAGCAGGGGGUUAAAAAUGACACAAAGUCUGUUUUCUUCAUCAGUAACCAACACACAGUCUUUACCAACCUCCUCAUUCUUCCUCUCUCUCAAGCCACCCAUGCUUGUCCUUCUGGUUCAUCAUCACAACUUUCAACACCGGCACUGGCCCUCUUGGCUGAAUGCAAGCCCUGCAACACUUAUACUGUGCUUUCGUUCUAGUCUAGCAGAACCAUAAGUCAGUUUAGAGCUUCUGUUUUUUUCCCUUGAAUGUCCAUCAAUUGAAAGUCUUGAUAUCUUUACGCAGGAAGAAAAUCCGGUCCAUGUGGGCUCUGCAGUCUGGAUCUAGUACAGCUCUCUCAGCUGUAGUUGGACAUUAAUUAGUAGUUGUGCUGAGUUGAAGCACUGUUCUAAGAACUCUUUUAAAGAGUCUAAAUGAAAUACAUUCACCUUUUAUAAUCUGAAGACAAAUGAGAUGAUAGAUAUGAUGUGCUAAUGUGUUGAAUAAUUAAUCCACCCUUGCUAUGAAACAACGUGAAGCCAGUAUAUAAAGAUAAACGAACAUCACUCAGAUGUUGAUGCUGAAGGCAGGAUGUUGGUCUGCUUCCAGUUUGUCUGGUAACCAUCACCUUACGCAGUAAACCAACAGUCUCCAGUUUCUAAAGAUGGCACAUGAAAGUAUUUUAUACUUAAAGGAAUCAAAAUCAAAACCCAUAAGAAAAACAUCAACAAAUAUAGCAAACAUCAUUACUGGAACACAAUUCUUAACGAUUUCUGCUUCUCACAUUCUCCUUACACAUCUGACAGAUUUUUCUCCUUACUGACAACACAUAUCACAGUUGACUUAAAUAUGCGUUACAUAAUUAACCUUUGCUGAAACUGUUUGACCAGUUACUAUAUUAUUGGUUACCAAAUCAGCAAAAAGACAGAACUACUUUAAAAUCUGAUGGUUUGUUUUGUUUUUGUUUUUUUACUGAUAAAAAGCUUGCUUGUUAGCCUUCACCGUCCACAUCUUCCUGCUUUGUUAUUUUGGUGAUGCUUGUAUGUCUGGAGCUGUUUUAAUGUGUGUUACUGUUGAUGUGUGCAAAUGGAAACCAUAUCUUGGCUCCUGUUCCAGUUUGUGUCAUUUAAAAAUAAAAUGAACUAUAAAAAGCUUGUACUUGUUUGUAUUAACCAAUGAAUGCUAAUUGUUGCUUCAGUUUUCUCUAAGAUGCAUUUUUUUUUCCAUUCCAGUUGAUGUUGGAGCUUCAGUCUUUAUGCCUUAAUGUCAGUCAUUCAGUUUGACCCUAUUUUUCAAAAAAAAGAGAACUUCACAGUAAAUGUUUUAUUUGUAUUUUUUUUUUCAACUUUACUGUAUGUGAAUGUUACUUCACUCUUAUGUGACCAAAGCUUCCAUUACCAAUUAAAGAUGAACGAUUAAAAAUGGAGGUGUGAUGAAACAAAAGAUUUAAAUGAAUGAUUUUGAAACACAUUUUACUUGUUUAAUCUUCAUCAGGUCUGUAAUCUACCCUGGUCACCUGAGAUUCAAUAAAACUUUAUGGACACUUUUCCUAAAA